CCACGACCCCGCGCGCGGUUUUUCCCGAUAUCUCUCGUCGAAUAGGCAAUAGUCACCGGAGGGAGUGACAAAGAGGCCCCUGAUCCUGUCCAUUUUCGGCUCAUCCGUCGUCCUCACGCUCUGGAACAGCUCAAACACCGCUGGCCAUCGCCUGUUGUGCCCCGCCGGGGGGGAGGGAGGAAGCCGAAAAGAGGAGUAAAUCGGCGGAGGCGUCUCGCUGCGCUCGUUGGUUUCAACUUGCUGGGUAAACUCGCCCCGGCGCACUCCGAGAUUUCGUGCGAACUGUUAACCCGUGGUCUGGACAACCCAGGCAUGUCGAGGUGCUAGGGCACACGGCUGAGGCGAGGUUUUUUUCUCUGUUGGAAAUUGGGGACAUUGUUGGGGCGGUUUGAGGGACGAUAUGUGGCCCGGGGGUGGUGACAUCGCCUCCUGCGGCAGACGGAGAAUGCACCUGGUGACACCGGUUGUCAUCUGCAUCGUUGGGAUUCUGGUUGGGUGGCAGGCGCCGGCGACUGAGGCUGUGGUGUGUCACGACAACUACAAAUGUAACUGCAAAGGAAUAAAAGGAACCCCUGGAUUCCCAGGUAUCGCUGGUCCCCAAGGUCCCUCAGGAUCCCCAGGAGACGAUGGACCGGAAGGGCCCCUCGGACCAAAAGGUGAAAAAGGAGCUGGGGGUGAGCCCGGUGGAACCGGUGAAAAAGGUCACAGAGGAGACAAGGGAAUGAAAGGUUUCUUGGGUGAUGCUGGUCUGCCGGGUCACCGUGGUACUCCUGGUGUGAGAGGUCCCGACGGAUUGGACGGGUGUAAUGGAACUGACGGACGAGCUGGUGCCCCCGGAAUGACCGGAGCCUACGGUCCUCGCGGUGGUCCUGGACUCCUUGGAGAUCCCGGACCUGCGGGAGAGCCCGGCGAGGGGGGGAUCAACUCGCUAGGGGUUAAGGGAGUUCGAGGAAAUGCCGGUCGUGAUGGACCGAAGGGCUUCGACGGUCCUCCAGGAUACAUUGGAGAGCCCGGUUACGCCGGUGACACCGGUGACUUCGGCUAUCAAGGUGAGCCUGGUCUGCCUGGACUGACUGGCGAUCAGGGUGAUACGGUUUAUGGGGACAAGGGACAGCCUGGAGAGCAGGGAGAUCGCGGAGAACCGGGACCGAUUAACAAAGAGUGGAAGAAGAAUAAUGACUCGGAACCAGAGCCUGGAGCACCCGGGAGGAAAGGUGUUCGGGGGGAUUACGGCGAUCGGGGGAGGAAGGGAGAGAUGGGAGAUAAAGGCCCUAUGGGACGACCCGGAUACCUAGGUGUGAAAGGUGUGAAAGGAGAGCAAGGCGAUGACGGUCCUCGUGGAAAACAAGGUGUCACAGGUCCGAGUGGACCUGCCGGUGAGAAAGGAGACAAGGGCGCGCCUGGAUAUGCAGGACGUCCCGGAGAAGACGGCCUUGACGGUGAACCUGGAGAAAUUGGAAACCGUGGACCUCCUGGAAGGCAGGGAGCGCCUGGAGAGAAAGGACUGUACAUUCCGGAACUGGAUGAAAUCAUCCCUGGACCUAUUGGAGUUCAAGGAGAACUUGGUCCUCCUGGAGAGCCAGGACAGAAUGGUACGCCGGGUCGUCCUGGAUUAGUUGGAUACAUCGGACCUCCAGGUUUACCGGGACCACAGGGACCACUGGGGAUUCCAGGACCGAAGGGAACGUCCGAGAAAGGGGAACAGGGAGACGAUGGACUGCCAGGUCCUCUGGGCCCCCCAGGCCCUCCAGGAAGACCCGGUCUUGUUGGACCGAUCGGUGCUAAAGGAUUCCCCGGUGUUACCAUCAUUGGACCACCCGGUAUAGACGGAAAACCCGGUUUCAGCGGUUUGAAUGGACCACCCGGAGAGCGCGGAGAUCCCGGACCAGAAGGUCCAAAAGGUUUUCCCGGCAAAGGUGUGAGAAUUCGAGGUCCAGCCGGUGAGCCAGGUCUUCCUGGCACACCAGGACGUCCUGGACCCGACGGUUGGCCGGGUGUACCAGGGCCAAGAGGUGCCAAAGGUAUUCGCGGAGAUGACUGUGGAGUGUGCGCUCCAGGUUUGCCUGGUGCUAAAGGAGAACGGGGUGACUCGGGUCUGAAUGGAUUCCCCGGUGCCCCAGGAUAUUCUGGAUUACCUGGACCCCGAGGCUUUAAAGGAGCAUACGGGGUACCUGGUAGCAUGGGGCCAAUGGGUCUUGAGGGAGAGAGUGGUAGACCGGGUAUCGCUGGUUCUCAGGGGCCCAAAGGACAAGCAGGACGCAUUGUUCCACCCCCUGGUCCUGCCAGAGUUGCACCACCAGGUGAUGUCGGUGACAAAGGUUUCCCCGGGUUCGAGGGUCUCCGUGGGCCGCGUGGUCCACCCGGUGAAAUCGGAGACACAGGGCCUGAAGGUCCUAAAGGAGAAAAAGGAGAUUUUGGUGCACCUGGAGUCACGGGAGUCGAUGGUAGACCCGGAUGGGAUGGACUAGCUGGAGAGAAAGGAGAUGACGCUGAUGUGCCGAUAGAGUUUCUUCGGGGGGAUCCUGGCGUCGAUGGAAUACCUGGGGUGAAGGGGGUUCGGGGAGACAAGGGAUGGCCCGGCGAAGUGGGGGAAGCUGCUUCUCACGUUAUUACUGAUAUCAAGGGGAAUAAGGGAACUAAAGGAGAAUCUGGAGCGCCUGGUUACGAUGGAUUCCAAGGUUUUCAAGGACCGCAAGGAGAUGAGGGUUGGCCUGGGCCACCUGGGCCUCAGGGAUCCCCCGGAUUUUCUCUGCAAGGUGCAAGUGGUCUAAAGGGAUACGCCGGCAUGCCCGGAGAUGAAGGCCCUCGUGGUAUUGCUGGUGAACCUGGAAAGCGAGGUCCACAGGGACUUCUGGGACCGCCAGGAGUGAAAGGAGAGCGCGGAGACAUCGGAACGAAUCUGAUAUACGGAGAGAUUGGUGAACGUGGACUUUACGGCCAGAAAGGAGAGUACGGUUUUGAGGGUCCUGCUGGUCCGCGUGGAAGACCUGGUGUUGACGGUCCGAAGGGUGUCAGGGGGGCUAAAGGAGCCCCUGGGUUUGAAGGAUUACCAGGACUUCAGGGAGCUAAAGGUGUCCGAGGAGACAGCAUUCAAGGACCUCGUGGUUUCCCAGGUGCUCCAGGUUUACCCGGAGGGAUUGGAAUGCGGGGCAACGUGGGAAUGACAGGUCCAGACGGUAUUUCAGGUUUCGAUGGGAUGAAGGGUCUGAAAGGAGAGAUUGGGUUCCAUGGGCGUCAGGGGGAGGAUGGGGACAUGGGAAUUCAAGGUUACCCAGGUAUGGAGGGAAUUCCUGGGGCUCCUGGUAAGCAAGGAGAAGACGGGGACAUUGGAGUCAUCGGAGAUUCUGGACAGCCAGGGUGGAUCGGAGAGGAUGGAUCACCGGGGGCUGUGGGACAGAAGGGAGAGCUGGGAGAGCCUGGGAGUCCGGGAUUCCCAGGUAUCCAAGGACCUGUGGGGUUACCGGGGAUGGUCGGAGAUAUUGGAUAUGAUGGGCCUGAUGGGGAGAGGGGGGAGAAUGCGUUCAGUGGGCCUCAGGGAGAUCUGGGUGAGCCUGGGUUCAUGGGGGCCAUUGGAGCUCCUGGGGCACCUGGGGUUGAUGGACGGCCUGGGUUACCUGGGGAUAAUGGGGUGGAUGCAGUGGGAUAUAAUGGAUCACCUGGACCCAAGGGAGAACCUGGGUGGAAUGGAUUGCAUGGAAGACCUGGACCAAAGGGUGAAAUUGGUGACAUGGGACCGGACGGAUUCAAAGGAGAAAUUGGAGAUAGUGGAGCUCAGGGAAGACCUGGAACUCCAGGAAUCAAUGGAAGACCUGGUACGAAGGGUGAACGAGGACCAGUGGGACCGAUCGGUCUGGACGGAGUGAAAGGGCAACGCGGUCUCGAUGGAGAUCCUGGCUUUAUGGGAGCACCAGGCAUGCCUGGUGACGCUGGCCCUCGUGGAAGACCUGGUCUGUCUGGUGUGCCCGGACCGAAGGGAAUCGUUGGUGACCCUGGGUUACCUUCGUACAUGGAUGCUGACAAGGGAGAGAGAGGUGACCAAGGAUUCCAUGGGCUGCACGGAAGGAAGGGAGAACAGGGAGAUGUUGGGUUGCGGGGAUACCCUGGAGCUAGGGGAAUGCGUGGAGACAUUGGUUAUCCUGGUCCAGACGGUUUUGAAGGCCUACCUGGACUGCCAGGUCUUCCUGGUGACGUGGGAUUCCCUGGACUCCCAGGCCCUCCUGGUCAAAAUCCUCAACGCGGUGAGCCAGGUCUGCCAGGACUGGAUGGUCGACCAGGUAUUCCUGGACGACCAGGGCAGAAGGGAGCUCCUGGUGAAUAUGGGCCUGACGGUCCAAAAGGUAUCGAAGGAGAGCCAGGACGGAGUAUUCCAGGGGCAAAGGGUCUUCCUGGAGAUUUAGGACCCAGAGGAUAUGAAGGUCGCCCUGGAGCACCAGGAUUGCGAGGACUCGAUGGAUUCCCCGGAGCUCCCGGUCUCAAAGGUUACCGGGGAGAGCCUGGAUAUGCUCAGUACGGUCGCAAAGGGGAGGAGGGUGAUGUCGGUUUCCAAGGGUCCGAUGGCAGGCAUGGAUUCAAGGGCGAGAGGGGUGACUCUGGUAUUCCGGGAGCCCCAGGCUUCCCGGGUUUGAAGGGAGAACGAGGAGAAAUGGGAGAGUCCGGCCCCAUCGGUUUGCCAGGACCUGAUGGACCCCAGGGACCCAAAGGAGAUCACGGUACCAGUCCCUACCCACUGUUCCCCAGGAAAGGACUUCAAGGAGAUGUGGGAUUCCCAGGCUUGAGUGGAAUACCUGGAGCUCCGGGGAUGAUGGGAAUGCCAGGAUUGGACGGUCUGCCAGGACUCGAGGGUGAGCGCGGAGUGGAUGGACUCCCAGGGUUCCCAGGACCCGAUGGUGAUAACGGAUCCCCAGGCCCUCAAGGCCCACGUGGGGCCAUUGGUUACCAAGGAGCUCCUGGAUUCCAAGGGCCUAGGGGAGAGGACGCACCACCAGGACCAGGGCCCAGAAGUCGUGGAUUCCACUUUGCCAGGCAUUCCCAGUCGGAAAUGAUUCCCCUUUGUCCGCGAGGAGCUGUCAAAAUGUGGGAUGGGUUCUCAUUACUUCAUAUUAUGGGUAAUUCACACCCAUGGGCACAGGAUCUUGGACAACCUGGAAGUUGUGUAAAAAAAUUCUCAGUGAUGCCUUUCCUAUUCUGCAAUCUGAAUAAUGUCUGCGAUUAUGCCCAGAGGAAUGACUACAGCUACUGGUUGAGUUCGACAGAGCCAAUGCCAAUGAUGAUGACACCAAUUCCAGCACCAGAGGCUGGAAGGUACAUCUCUAGGUGCUCCGUGUGUGAAGCACCGACGAGAAUGAUUGCGGUGCACAGUCAGUCGAUGCAGAUUCCAGAGUGCCCUGGUGGAUGGGAAGAAGCUUGGAUCGGUUACAGCUUCCUCAUGCAUCGCGACGCAGGUGCAGCAGGCGGUGGCCAAUCGCUAAUAUCUCCAGGCUCAUGCCUCGAGGAAUUCCGCACUCGCCCGUUCAUUGAGUGUCGUGGUCUCGGUACAUGCAACUACUUCUCCACCGCAAUCUCCUACUGGCUUGCAACCAUUGAGGAUCACGAGAUGUUCCGUAAGCCACAGCCUCAAACCCUAAAAGCCGAUCACACGUCACGAGUCAGCAGAUGUGCCGUAUGCAUACGACGUCAAGUAACUGAGACCUAUGGCAACAGGCUGAGCCCCUUCACCGCCAAUGGAUCGCGCUACAUUCCACCGGUACCAGUCAAUCCACAGCCCGUUCAAACUGUUCCAGAAUGGCAGCGGCGCCGGCCGCCGGGGGGUAGGGUCAGAGUUCCCGGGGGGCGCGUACCCCAGAAUCAACGGAGAAGAGGUCGGGUUCGUAGGCCUGUCCAGGCCAACAAUUCUAGCCAAAGUUCUUUAGCGAGAGCAGCAUGAUUUAGACGGGGGAAACUAUAAUCCGAAAUUCUUCAAAUCAUCGUCGAUUCGUUUUUCUAAAGAAGAAAUCACACGUGAAAAAAUUCUAUGGAAAAAGUUCGGUUGAUUUUCUGUGGAAAUUGUAUUGAAAAUUGUAUUUGUUGUGCAAUUGUGAGUUUUUCAAUAGAUAUUUUUGGAUUGGAAAAAGUUUAUUGAUGUUGAUGGGGAUGAAUUGUCACGUUUUCUGGGAUUUUGUAAUGAGAAAGAAAAAAAUGAUGCAGUGAAAAAAGAAUAGAAAAUUCAUAUCUAAUUUCGAUCAAAAGAAUCUAAAGAGAGUAGUUGUUGUAGAAACAUUAAGAUGGAUUGACUUUUCUUGCAUGAAAUAUCUAUUACAAUCACAUAAAAAAUUUGCAUAAUUUGCAAUACAAAACAGUGCAGAAGUGAGUGGUAUUUUCUAAUAGAAUUUUUAGAGGGAGCACGAGGUUUUUCUAUUGAAUUUUUUUAUAUGUGAAGAAAAGAAACAUUCUAAAAUUUUUUUAAUCAUCGUCGAUACGUUUUUCUAAUGGAGAAAUCACCUACGGAAAAAUUUAAUGGAAAAGUUUGAUUUCUGUUGGAAUUGUAUUGAAAAGUCUAUUUGUUGUGUAAUUCUGUCGUGAUUUUUCCGCUAGAUAUUUUUAAUUAAUAAAAAGUUUAUUAAUGUGGAUGGGGAUGGAUUUUUUUACAUAUUUUCUGGGAUUUUUUUAUUGAGAAAAAAAAAUUAUACAAUGAGCGAAAAAAGAAUAAAAAAUUGGUGUCGAAAGAUUUCGAUCGAAAGAACCUAAAAAGAAUAGCUCCUGUAGAAACCUGAUGCAUUGAUGUUUUUAUAUCAAAUAUUUAUUACAACCACAUGACAAACAGUGCGGAAACAAAUGGAAUUUUCUAAUAGAAUUUCCAGGAGCAUGAGGAUUUCUAUUAACUUUUUUCAUGCGUGAGGAGAAGAAACAUUAAUGUAUAUAAAAUAAUGAUAUUUUAUCCAGUAGGUAAGUUAUAUCAAAAAUAAUUCAAUCAUCGCAAGUGUCUUUUCGGGACGUGCUAAUCCGUGCGCUGUGCCAUACAAAGAAUUUUUCGACGAUUUCUCGAUUCAUAUACUGCCAAAUGAGUAGGGGAAAGAGAAAAUGAGGUGAGAUGACGAAGCUUUCGAGUUUUUGAUGAAUAUUGACGUAAUAAUGAUGAUAAUUUAAUCAAUCGUAACGAUGACUCAUCUCAUUUUGACAUUUCACUACAUAAAUACACUCGAUUGUUCCUUUUUCGAAUUAACUUUACUGUAACUUUAUUAAAUCUAAUGUAUUCUAUGAAAUUUGAAUAAAGUACUUUUGUAAAAGUG